UGACAGUCGCGACGCGUGACGCGCUCAGUGGAAACGCAUCCUUACAUUACGUUCCUUCUAUUGUGCGCAGGGCCAAAGAGGAAGAAGAAAAACAUGCUCAACUGCUCACACGAAACAUACGUGAUACGAGAAUUAUGAGCUUAUUGUUUAAUUUAGUGAAAAACGCGUUUCUCGGAAUGUUGCGAUUAUUUUGGUUUGGCAAACAGAAGAUGUCUAAUUCUUUAAGCAUAUACAUUAAAACGAAUACGGGCAAUACUCUGUCCGUCGAGUUAGAUCCCAAAUGGGAUAUAAAAAAUCUAAAGGAGAUCGUUGCUCCUCGGAUGGGGAUAGCGCCGGAAGACAUUAAAAUUAUAUUUGCAGGUAAAGAACUGCACGAUUCAAUAAUAAUAGAGGAGUGUGAUUUAGGACAACAGAGCAUUUUACAUGCAGUACGAACGCCCCAUAAAAUGCAAAAUAAAAGGAGAGCGAAUGUAAGUCUUAUAGAGGAAUCUACAUCAGAGACAUCCAAUUUCAACGACAGUGGUAGCAAACCCAUGAACGAGACACUUAUGGAUUUACCCUUGGAUGAAUCAGAUCGACCGAAUUUAUCCUCGGAAGAGCAGCAGGAAAGUCGAGCACAUUUUUAUGUAUAUUGUUCAGCUCCCUGCAAAGAUGUGACGGCAGGUAAAUUAAGGGUCAAAUGUGCAAGAUGCGGUAGCGGUGCUGUAACUGUUGACAGAGAUCCUCAAUGUUGGCCAGAUGUGUUGCAACCAAGGAGAAUAUCCAUACAUUGCGAAAGUGAUUUUUGCCCUGUAACUUCAAGUAUAUUUAGUGACCAAACGGAGAAUCAAGUUAAUUAUGCUCAUUUUUAUUUUAAAUGCGCUAAGCAUCCCAGUUUAGGAGAGAACGAUGAAGCUAUACCCCUUUAUCUUAUAAAGCCAAACUUGAGGAAUAUUCCUUGUCUAGCCUGCACGGAUAUCAGAGAUACCGUGCUGGUAUUUCCAUGCGAGGCUGGUCAUGUAACUUGUCUUGACUGCUUUCGUGAAUAUUGCACAGUUCGUUUACAUGAGCGACAAUUUGAAUUCGAUACUACCGAGGGAUAUUAUACAUUGUCUUGCCCUGCUGGAUGCCCCAAUUCUUUUAUCCAUCAAAUUCAUCAUUUUCAUCUCCUUAACAUGGAACAGUAUGAAAGAUAUCAGAGAUUUAGUGCAGAAGAAUAUGUUUUACGUGCUGGUGGCCUUUUGUGUCCACGACCAAACUGUGGGAUGGGUAUUAUACCACCUUCUACGAAAGAUGAUGUAGAAUGCCGGAAAAUUCAAUGCAUCGGUGGAUGUGGCUACGUUUUUUGCAGAAUAUGUUUACAAGGUUAUCACGUAGGAGAAUGUGAAUCGCAAACGUCGGAAGCAGCCACGAGUGUUUUUUCUUCUAGAAAUUAUUCAGUAGACCUCUUAAAAGCUAACGAAGCUAAAUGGGAAGAAGCUAGCAAAAAAACGAUACAGAUAUCUACGAAACCUUGUCCUAAAUGCAGAACUCCUACUGAAAGAGAUGGGGGUUGCAUGCACAUGGUAUGCACAAGAGCAGGAUGUGGCUAUCAUUGGUGUUGGCUAUGUCAAACAGAAUGGACUAGAGAAUGCAUGGGUAAUCAUUGGUUUGGAUAAGGAUUUUGGAAGAAAAUUAUGUAUUGAUUUUAUUUUAAU